GGCGUUCAGCCUAAAGAUGGCCGAUUGUAUCGCUGACACUAGUGGAAAUGCAGAAAAUCUGUAUAAGAAACUUAAACAACAAUUAACGAAGAAGAGAAAAUGUCCACUCAGCAACACAGCUAUAAUAGCACCAAUUAAUGUGAAAAGUUGCAACGGCAUCGGUUCGGUAACAAUGUCUGCAGCACAAGUUGAAUGCAAAUUGGGACGAGGGUUGUUUUUGCCAAAUUAUUACAGAAAUGGUGUGAAGUUCUUGUCAAACAUAUUACAAGAUCAGUGCACGACUUUGUCUGAAGAAAAACGAGUAGCAGUCGAGUGUUUUGUUAAAUUCUUUGAAACUGAUCAACAUGUGCAGUGUCUUCAGAAGUUGAAGGAUUGUAAUGUAGAGAAGAUAAAAGAACCAGAUAUUCAAGCUUAUUUAGCAUGUCACAUAUUUGCACCUUUGGUACCGGGAUCAGAGUUUUUGAUAGACGGAAAACAGUUCCCUCUCAAAAUGGAAAGAAAGUGUCCAACAUGCAAUUUGAAACUUAAACUUGGAGACACAUCUUUAGGCCAUCCUACUAUAUGGUACGGUAACACAAAUAUACUACUGGGCGGAAGCAUUAAAAGCACUGUAAAACUAACAACUGAGGCAAAAAUGAUGGACGACACUUCAAAAUAUGAUGAAAAAGGUGGUGGAGAACCAUUUCUUAAAAGGCAGAGAGUUGAUAGUGCCAAUUCUUCUGAAGAAAAUCAAUCUGAUACUGAUGAAUCACCUUCUGAAUCAGAUGAAUUCGAAGAAUUUGGCUACUUCAGUUCUGUUGCAACUUUUACACAAGGUAGAAAGCAAGCAGUAGCACAAGCCAUUGCUCAAACAAUUGUAAGUGCGUUUUGUGAGGUAAAGAAAGACUCUUCCAUGAUGAAUUCAUUCAUUCCUUCAUUUUUAGCUACAGAGAAGGCAAUUACUAUAAUCAUGUACAAUGUUGGUAAAGAUAAAUUAUUGAUAAGCCAGGAAUUGCAGCUUUUUGACAAACUUUCUGGUGAUGUUAAUUUAUCAACUAUAUUGUAUGUUUGGCUGACAUUGAAUUUUAACAUCUUUGAGAAGACAUGGGAUGACUACUUUCCGAAAUCGGGAUUUAAGGACUACAUCACUAAACAUUUGAAAUGGCCUGUUUAUUGCUUUGAUGUAACAAGACCACUUGGCACAGCUCCAGAAGAAAAUUGGCUUUUGUUUGAAGUGUCUGGCAAGCAGCUUUCAGAUAAAGAAAUGGCUUGUGUAUUCUCUGACUUGGACAACUUAUAUUCAAAAAUCCAUCAGGAUGUGCAGUAAAUAUGGUAGACUUUUGAACUGUAGCAAUCAUCUAAGGCUCAGUGAAUCUAAGGAAGAGCUUGAAACUAGUCCAGUAUUAAAAGCCUAGUUUUUUUCUUGACGAUUCGAAGAAUAGGGGGAGCUAUUGCACUCGCCCAUUCAUCGGCAUCUUUGUCAGGGUGCACUGAUGUGGUUAAGUUUUGUACUAAGCUGGUAUAUCAGUAAUCUCUAGUGGAAAUAGAUUGAAACUUCCAAGUUUUUGUUCACUGUGAUAAUUUCACAUGCAGUGCACAGGUUUCAAAACUACUUGUUUUUUAGCUCAUCUGAUUUUUGGAAAAAAAAAUGACGAGUUAUUAUCAUCACUUGAUCAGCGUCUGCGUCGGUGUCGGCGUCGGCAUUGCCUGGUUAAGUUUUAUGUUUAGGUCAGCUUUUCUCCUAAACUAUCAAAGCUAUUGCUUUGAAACUUGCAACACUUGUUCACCAUCAUAAGCUGACCCUGUACAACAAGAAGCAUAACUCCAUCCUGCUUUUUGCCAGAUUUAUGGCCCCUUUUGUACUUAGAAACUAUCAGAUUUCUUGGUUAAGUUUUAUGUUUAGGUCAAUUUUUUUCUCCUAAACUAUCAAAGCUAUUGCUUUGAAACUUGCAACUCUUGUUCACCAUCAUAAGCUGACCCUGUACAUCAAGAAACAUAACUCCAUCCUGCUUUUUGCAAGAAUUAUUGCCCCUUUUGGACUUAGAAAAUCAGUUUUCUGGUUAAGUUUUAUGUUUAGGUCAGCUUUUCUCUUAAACUAUCAAAGCUAUUGCUUAAAAACUUGCAACCCUUGUUCACCAUCAUAAGCUGACCCUGUACAGCAAGAAACUUAACUCCAUCCUGCUUUUUGCCAGAUUUAUGGCCCCUUUUGGACUUAGAAAAUAUCAUAUUUCUUGGUUAAGUUUUAUGUUUAGGUCAACUUUUUCUCUUAAACUAUCAAAGCUAUUGCUUUGAAACAUGCAACACUUGUUCACCAUCAUAAGCUGACCCAGUACAUCAAGAAAAAUAACUCUAUCCUGCUUUUUUAAGAAUUAUUGCCCCUUUUGGACUUAGAAAAUCAGUUUUCUUGGUUGAGUAAUAUGUUUAAGUCAGCUUUUCUCAUAAACUAUCAAAGCUAUUGCUUUAAAACUUGCAACACUUGUUCACCAUCAAAAGCUGACUAUGUACAGCAAGAAACAUAACUCUGUCCUGCUUUUUGCAAUAGUUAUGGCCCCUUUUGGAUUUAGAAAAUAUCAGAUUUAUUGGUUAAGUUUUAUGUUUAGGUCAGCUUUUCUCCUAAAUUAUUCAAGCUAUUGCUUUGAAACUGCAACAGUUGUUCACCAUCAUAAGCUGACAUGUACAUCAAGAAACAUAACUCUAUCCUGCUUUUUGCAAGAAUUAUGGCCCUUUUUGGACUUAGAACAUCAUGGGUAGGACAAUUUUUCUAUUAUACAAAAAAAAAUCAGAUGAGCGUCAGCACCCGCAAGGCGGUGCUCUUGUUUUUACCAAGUUAUGCCUCCCCCCCCCCUCUACCUCCCUGGUUGGAAUGGAUUGAAACUGCACACAAAGUAUUUGUUCAGUGAUGAUCUGAAAUGCAGUGCAAAGGUUUCAUAACUCUAUUUUGCAUUUUCACAAAGUUAUGCCCUCUUUUCUACUUAGCAUUUUGUAAUCACCUUUGCCAAGGUAAGAUGCAGUUAUGCAAUUUUUUAUAACAUUUUGGUCAAAUUUUGAAGGUCCUCUUUUUAGAUGCCAGUUCAUGUUAAUCAAAACUGUAAAAUGCUAUAGUUUUUAGGGUGAUACAUUUCACUGAUAAGUUUUGAUAUUUAAUUUUGUGAUAGAAUCAACAUUUUGAAGAAAAAUACAGACUUAGUAGUAUAUGUUAAAUCAAACUAUUGUAUUUAAAAACAGAAUGAGACAGGAAGAACUAUUUUUAUGACUGGAAACUGCACAUAAUUACCUUCCUUUUCAGUUAAAAAUAUUCUGCUUAUACAAA